AUGCUGGAAGAGAAUCCCAUCAUUCAGUCCAGACUCAUCUGGGAAUUGCAUCUCUCUGUUGUUCCUAGGAAGUUACAGAGCCAGACUUACAAACUCGCAGAGGAUAUUCGGAAACCAGCCGUAGGGGCUGCCAGUUUGUCGGCAGAUGAGCCAAAUUGUUUCCCAUGUGUUUCUCAUGUUUCUGCUGUCUCUGUCUCCUCACAGUCAGCCCACAAGCACCGCCACCACCAUGGCUCUGAUGCAGAGCAAGAUGCCAAGAAAAUUCACAGUGCCUGCAAAGGAGCAGGAACCAAUGAAAAAAAAAUUAUUGAAGUCUUAUCAAGUCGAACAUUGGAGCAGAGACAACAAAUAAAACAGAAGUACAAGGAAUUGUAUAGCAAGGAGAUGGAGGAGGACCUGAAGGGAGACCUGAGUGGGAACUUUGAGAAGGCUGUGCUGGCUUUGCUGGACUUGCCCUGCGAGUUCGAGGCCCGAGAGCUUCGGAGGGCGAUGAAGGGAGCUGGGACGGACGAGUCGCUGCUCAUUGAGAUCCUGUGCACUCGGAGCAACAAGGAAAUUGUAAACAUAAAGGAGGCCUACAAGCGUUUGUUUGACAGGGAUCUGGAGUCUGAUGUUAAAAGUGACACCAGUGGCUCCCUACAGAAGAUAUUAGUCAUGGUGCUGGAGGCAACCCGAGAUGAGACCCAGCAGGUCAACGCAGAGCUUGCUGAGCAAGAUGCCUCAGAUCUGUAUAAAGCAGGAGAAGGGCGCUGGGGAACAGAGGAGCUGGCUUUCAAUGUGGUCCUAGCAAAGAGAAGCUACAGCCAGCUGAGAGCCACUUUUCAAGCCUAUGAAAAGGUGUGUGGGAAGGACAUAGAAGAAUCCAUUAAAAGUGAAACAUCUGGAGAUCUGGAGAAGGCUUAUCUGACUCUAGUCAGCUGUGCCAAAGACUGCCCAGGUUACUUUGCCACGCUUCUGCACAAAUCGAUGAAAGGAGCUGGGACUGAUGAAGAGACCUUGAUUCGCAUCCUUGUGACCAGGGCUGAGAGCGACCUGCCAGCAAUAAAGGAGAAGUUCCAACAGAUGUACAAGAAGCCAUUAGCUGAAGCUGUCCGCUCUGACACCUCUGGGGACUUCAGAAAGUUGCUGCUGGCAAUUUUGCACUGA